CGUAUAUACAACAACGUGGUUUCAAUAGUCCCAGUUUAGUUUCUCUUCCUUUUUAUGAAUGUCCUAAAAAAAACACUAGUCACGGGUCGUCAUUUAUUUCAGCUAUAUAAUCCUAGGAUCAACUCAACUCAGUCAGAAACCUAAACUCAUUCAAUCAUGGGUGCGCCUAAGGUUGCAGCCAUGUCGUUCAUUUUCAUGAUUUUCAUGGCUAUUUCAUUACCACCAAUUUAUGCUUGCACUCCUUGUACUCAGCCACAUCCACCGUCACAUGGCGGCGGCGGAGGCGGAGGCGGCAGCCGCCCAACCCAUCCAACAGUUCCACAUCCUCACCCACCAUUCAGCAAGCCCCCACCACACCACGGAGGAGGUGGCGGAGGGAGAGGCGGCCACCAUCCAAAGAACCCGCCAAUGCCACCAGUCGUACUGCCACCUAUAAUCAUUAACCCUCCUCCAGUAAUAACACCUCCCGUACCAAACCCUCCAGUAAUUAUAACACCACCACCUUCUUCAGGAUACCCACCAUACACUGGUGGUCCACCUUCUGGCGGAGGCGGUGGAGGCGGAGGCGGUGGAGGUGGUGGUGGUGGAGGAGGAGGUGGAGGUGGUGGUGGUAAUGUUCCGGGAGUUAAUCCACCACCUACUACUCCUACUCAACCAACUUGUCCAAUCAAUGCACUUAAGCUAGGAGCUUGCGUGGAUGUGCUGGGUGGUUUGGUGCAUGUCGGUUUAGGGAAUCCUGUUGAGAAUGUUUGCUGCCCUGUAAUUAAAGGAUUGCUAGAGCUUGAAGCAGCUAUUUGCCUUUGCACUACUAUAAAACUUAAGCUACUUAACCUUAAUAUCCUCAUUCCUCUUGCUCUUCAGGUGUUAAUUACUUGUGGAAAGACUCCCCCUCCUGGUUUUGUAUGUCCACCUCUUUAAUUAGUUGCGUUGUGCUUUUCAUUAUUAAUAAGGUUAGUUGUGUGUUUUAAAGUUUGAUGUUUCUUGUUUUAGUUUUUAGGGUUUUCAUUUCUUAAGUGUAUUUGUCACUCGAUUUAGGGCUUGGUUGGUCCUGUGUGUUUGUCAACUGUUAAUUGAUUGGCUUCCAUUCUGUGUGGA